ACAUCGACCGAACUCGUUUACCGCCUCGCCGAGUUCUUAACCUCGUAGAUCACCGGAAUUUGGGGUUCUCGAAUCGGGAUAUCGGAUUUUGAGCUGGGUUUGACUAGUCGGUUGACUCACCGAAUCACAUCCAAGGAGCAUUUUUAAAAUGGAGAAUCUUGACGCUGAUUUCAUGCCAAUUGUUCGUUCUGGAGCAUGGGCUGACAUUGGGUUCCGACGAAGGAUGGAAGAUGUUUAUUUACGCCUUGAUAAUUUUAUACUUGAUUAUGGGCUGGAGAAUUUCACUGAUGGGCCAAGUGCCUUUUAUGGGGUGUUUGAUGGGCAUGAUGGGAAGGAUGCUGCUGAAUUUGCUUGCGACCAUUUGCCAAGGUUCAUUUUUGAAGAUGAUGACUUUCCAAUGGAGAUUGAGCAAGUUGUUGCUUCAGCAUUUCUGCAAACAGAUGCUGCUCUUUUUGAAGCUUAUCAGUUGAAUGCUGCCCCUGCUUCGGGUACAACUGCUUUGGCAGCUCUUGUUGUUGGGAGAUUGUUGUUGGUAGCAAAUGCUGGAGACUGUCGAGCAGUUUUGUGUCGCCGUGGCAGCGCAAUUGAGAUGUCAAGGGAUCAUAAACCAUCUUGUAUCCGGGAGAAGAGCCGCAUUGAGACAUCUGGAGGUUAUGUUUGUGAUGGUUACCUCAAUGGACAACUCAAUGUUGCUCGUGCUUUAGGAGAUUGGCACAUGGAAGGAAUGAAAAAUGUGGAUGGUGGCAGUGGCCCACUAAGUGCAGAACCUGAACUUAUGACCACAAAACUUACAGAGGAGGAUGAGUUCCUCAUCAUAGGAUGUGAUGGUAUCUGGGAUGUAUUUCGAAGCCAAAAUGCAGUGGAUUUUGCAAGGAGGAAGCUUCAGGAGCACAACAAUCCAGUCACGUGUAGCAAGGAUCUCGUUGAUGAGGCUUUGAAGAGGAAGAGUAGAGAUAAUUUAUCAGUUGUAGUUGUUUGCUUCCAAUCCCAGCCGCCCCCAAACUUGGUUGCCCCACGCUCAAGGGUUCACAGGAGCUUUUCUGAAGCGGGGGUGAGAGAGUUGCAGAGCAUCUUGGAUAGUCUGGAAAUUUGAGAUGAUGACGAAUGGGUAGUCUUUUCUUUUCUUCAGCACAAUUUAUCUUCGGAAUUCCAAUUUAAUAGUUAAAUUGUAGUUUUAGAUACUGAGAUUAUUGGAGUUUAAACUGUAACAUAGGCAACGGUGUCACGUUGGAUUCAUAAACUUUCUUUUCUUUUAGGAGCCUAACUUUCCUGUUCCUGAAGCAUUCUUUCGGGGUACUUGUUCAAAUGUUAAUACAUGCAACCCAUUAGUUAGAUUAACUGAGAAUUUGUUUUGCACCUUUCUUCCCUCUGCUCUUCCCUGUCAACUGUCGGAUAUUGGU